GAAGAAGAAGAAGAAGAAUCAGCUCUUUUUACUGUGUCACUUUUUCGUCAUGGCAGCUACCAGCUGGGAAGACUCCGUCAAAAGUCUGAAAGGUGUGAUUUUAGACAUGUGCGGCGUGUUAUAUGAUGCUGGAGAAGACGGCGGCACACCAAUUCCAGGUUCCGUAGAAGCGGUGAAAAGGCUAAAGGCCUCGGACCUGCAGGUGCGUUUCUGUACCAACGAGACCCAGGCCACACGGGAGGUGUUUGUAGCCAAGCUGCAGAGGAUGGGCUUUGAUAUCUGUGUGUCUGAGGUGUUCUCUCCUGCCCCGGCUGCUGUGGCUGUGCUGAAGGAGAGGGGGCUACGACCCCACCUGCUGGUCUAUGACGGUGUUGUCCCUGAGUUUGACAGUGUUGAAAAGGCCAACCCAAACUGUGUUGUCAUAGGAGACGCAGCAGAGAAGUUCUCCUACCAGAACCUCAACGAUGCCUUCAGAGUUCUCAUAGGGCUGGAGAAACCAGUACUGUUCUCUCUGGGCAGAGGGAAGUACUACAAGGAGGAUGAAGGCCUGAACCUGGAUGUUGGGGUUUACAUGAAGGCAUUGGAGUAUGCCUGUGAUGUAGAAGCUGAGGUCAUCGGGAAGCCAGACCCCAUGUUCUUUCAGAAAGUUCUGGAUGACAUGAGGAUUCAGUCACACCAGACUCUGAUGAUUGGUGACGAUCUGGUGAAUGAUGUGGGCGGGGCCCAACACUGUGGAAUGAAGGGUGUCCAAGUGAGGACAGGAAAAUACAGGACCUGAGCCCUAGGACCAUGCCCCAGGACUACCUGACAUGAUGACUCCUUGCUGUCCCCAGUCCACCUGGCCAUGCUGCUGCUCCAGUUUCAACUGGCCUGGGCCCUAGGACCAUGUCCCAGGACUACCUGACAUGAUGACUCCUUGCUGUCCCCAGUCCACCUGGCCAUGCUGCUGCUCCAGUUUCAACUGUUCUGCCUUACUAUUAUUCAACCAUGCUGGUCAUUUAUGAACAUUUGAACAUCUUGGCCACGUUCUGUUAUAAUCUCCACCCGGCACAGCCAGAAGAGGACUGGCCACCCCACAUAUGCUCUCUCUAAUUCUCUCUUUCUUUUCUCUCUCUCGGAGGACCUGAGCCCUAGGACCGUGCCCCAGGACUACCUGACAUGAUGACUCCUUGCUGUCCCCAGUCCACCUGACUGUGCUGCUGCUCCAGUUUCAACUGUUCUGCCUUAUUAUUAUUCGACCAUGCUGGUCAUUUAUGAACAUUUGAACAUCUUGGUCAUGUUCUGUUAUAAUCUCUACCCGGCACAGCCAGAAGAGGACUGGCCACCCCACAUAGCCUGGUUCCUCUCUAGGUUUCUUCCUAGGUUUUGGCCUUUCUAGGGAGUUUUUCCUAGCCACCGUGCUUUUACACCUGCAUUGUUUGCUGUUUGGGGUUUUAGGCUGGGUUUCUGUACAGCACUUUGAGAUAUCAGCUGAUGUACGAAGGGCUAUAUAAAUACAUUUGAUUUGAUUUGAUUUGAUUUAGUGUGUGUGUGUGUCCCCAACGCACAGCUACAACUCAGGGCCCUAGUGUGUGUGUGUGUGUCCCCAACGCACAGCUACAACUCAGGGCCCUAGUGUGUGUGUGUCCCCAAUGCACAGCUACAACUCAGGGCCCUAGUGUGUGUGUGUGUCCCCAACGCACAGCUACAACUCAGGGCCCUAGUGUGUGUGUGUGUCCCAAUGCACAGCUACAACUCAGGGCCCUAGUGUGUGUGUGUCCCCAAUGCACAGCUACAACUCAGGGCCCUAGUGUGUGUGUGUGUCCCCAACGCACAGCUACAACUCAGGGCCCUAGUGUGUGUGUCCCAAUGCACAGCUACAACUCAGGGCCCUAGUGUGUGUGUGUCCCCAACGCACAGCUACAACUCAGGGCCCUAGUGUGUGUGUCCCAAUGCACAGCUACAACUCAGGGCCCUAGUGUGUGUGUGUCCCCAA